UUUUUGUUUCAGGUAAAUGUCACCGCCCAUUAACAUUUGCUGCUCAUCACCAAUGAAGAUGACGAACCACAACCGACAUGUGAUAGCCCUCAUUCUAGUCUUAGCAAAUUUAUAUGGAAUUUUAGGGAGGAUAGCCUUCGAGAAGCUCACAGACUAUGACUACCGAGGCAACACCUACUAUACCGUCAAAAACCUCAGUCUAUACGAGUGCCAGGGCUGGUGUCGAGAGGAACCAGACUGUCAGGCAGCAGCUUUCAGCUUCGUCCUUAAUCCACUGAUACCGGUGCAAGAAACGCUGUGCCAGCUCCAGAACGAAACGUCUUCCAACAAUCCCUCUGCCACUCCCCAGCGUGCGGCCAACAUGUACUACAUGACCAAGCUGCAGGUGCGAUCGGAGAAUAUUUGCCUGAGGCCGUGGUCCUUCGAAAGAGUGCCCAAUAAGAUGAUCAGAGGGUUGGAUAAUGCGCUCAUAUAUACUUCUACGAAGGAGGCUUGUCUUGCUGCUUGCUUGAAUGAGCAUCGCUUCACGUGCCGGUCCGCAGAGUACAACUAUGUGACGCUGCAAUGUCAGCUGAGCGAUACUGACCGUAUCAAUAUAAAUUAUUGAGUUCAGCUUAUACUUGAAAUAGGCAAAAAAUUCUUCGAAAAUAUUUGUUUGCUCCACCAUGAAUACCAAUGACAAUUGCCUCCUUCUUCUGCAGGUACCAGAGUCUUCCAAACCCCGAGGAUAGGAGUAGCCGACGAUAAGGUAGCGCAGUACGCGAGUCUCCACUACUACACGGAUAAAGAACUCCAAGUGACCGGCGAGGCUGCUUGCAAACUAGCAUGCGAAAUCGAAAAUGAAUUCCUCUGCAGGUCAUUCUUGUACAGGGGUCCACCGCAAGGUACACAGUACAACUGUCAGUUGUUCCAUUUAGACCACAAAACCCUACCAGAUGGGCCCAGUACAUAUUUGAAUGCUGAGAGACCACUCAUCGAUAACGGAGAAAGAAUUGGAUCGUAUUUCGAAAACAACUGUGAAAAAGCGACUGCUGCAUCCGGUGCCACAUCAGAUAACACCCUUCCUGUGGUCUUCGAGACCACUGAAGACGCUACUCUGAACAACCUGACGAGGAGCGAUGUCAACUGCGACAAAACUGGUACUUGCUACGAUGUAUCGGUCAACUGCAAAGACACCAAGAUAGCCGUGCAAGUGAGAACCAAUAAGCCUUUCAACGGCAGGAUUUAUGCUUUGGGAAGAUCAGAAACUUGCAAUGUUGAUGUAGCCAACAGCGACCUCUUCCGACUUGACUUGACUAUGGUUGGUCAGGAUUGCAACACACAGUCUGUGACUGGCGUCUACAGUAACACAGUAGUUUUACAACACCACAGCGUGGUCAUGACAAAGGCUGAUAAGAUCUACAAAGUCAAGUGCACCUACGAUAUGUCUUCAAAGAACAUAACCUUCGGAAUGAUGCCAAUCAGAGACCCAGAGAUGAUCAGCAUCACUUCUGCUCCUGAAGCACCUCCACCAAGGAUCAGAAUCUUGGACAGCCGUCAACGUGAAGUUGAGACCGUGCGUAUUGGAGAUAAACUCACAUUCAGGAUUGAAAUUCCAGAAGACACACCUUAUGGUAUCUUCGCAAGAAGCUGUGUCGCCAUGGCGAAAGACUCGAAGAGCACCUUCCAGAUCAUCGAUGACGAGGGAUGUCCUGUUGACGCGACCAUUUUCCCCGCUUUUACUCCAGAUGGAACCGCAUUGCAAUCAGUCUACGAAGCGUUCAGGUUCACGGAAUCCUAUGGUGUCAUCUUCCAGUGCAACGUUAAAUAUUGUCUGGGACCUUGCGAACCUGCUGUUUGUGAAUGGGGCAGAGACUCUCUAGAAUCUUGGGGAAGAAAGAAGAGAAGUGUAAGCAAUCAAACAGAUGAAGAGAAAGAAGAAGACAUGACGCUUAGUCAGGAGAUUCUGGUGUUGGACUUUGGAGAUGAAAAACAAUCCGAAUAUUUGAGAAACGAUCUAUCCAGUGCUGAUUUUGGAAAAGACAAAACUGUGACGAUCGUCGAACCUUGUCCGACCAAAACCUCAGUCCUAGCUCUGGGAGUGACAUGUGCCUUACUAGUUUUACUGUACAUCACCACACUAUUCUGCUACUACAUGAAGAAAUGGCUGAAUCCAGGAAAACAUCUUGCCUGAAUAGUGUAAAACAGAAUCAUAGACUCCUUUAUGGUGCUUUCUGAAAUCAACGCGAUUCCCUUAUUUGGGGAGUUGAUAGUUUUCUCAACAGUACGAAGGACGGUCAAAAAUUUCCCGUUGAAAUUCAGUAAUGAUAUUCUGGCUGACCCUCGUAAUGUAAUUUAGUAAGAAAAAUUGUCGGACGGGAUUUUCCCAGUUCAACAAAAGUCUCGCAAUAAUUAAAUAUAAGUAACUGAAUUCUCGGGGUGGUGAUGGUCUGGUGGUGGGACAGCUUUACGAAUCUGUAGUAUACAGGGUUAUUCAAAGCACGGGUCUAAUGAAAAGUUGGUCAUUCGAAGUCAUUGCCGUAUUUUGGAAUAACCCUAUAUGAAGAUUAAUAUUAUUUUACCGUUACAAAAAUUAUACUUAUUUAUUCGUUUGAUCUCUUUUCAUAGGAGUUCCUUUUAACGCACUGAUUUCGUUCUUCCGGAACAGAUUUUGUGGCGGUAAGAUUUUAGAUUUCUCUCUGCUAGUGAUUUUUAGUGCUUAGGAUUAUUUAUUGUAGUAUUUAUUGUUCAUCGGUUUUUUUUGUAUAUAUUUAUAUGGAAUUUCAAGUCUAUUUUUUAUUUAUAUUAGGAUUUUUUAUUA